UUCGCAACUGUUCUGAGCUUUAUGGUUUACCUACUCACUCCUCUGUGCCAUUUUCAUUGCCAUACGUUUUGAUUCACCAUUGCUCUUCACACUAUCAACUCCACCGAGAAAGACGUUUCUUUCGCACCUCUACUUAAAAAAUGCUGCCAAUAAUGCCACAACUGGGUCGUGUAAUGCGACCACGGACGCCUGCGAUGCAUUCAUACAUCGCUUUCUAUUCUACCGUCUCAGGUCUCUCACGCAGCAAAUGGGGAAUCAGCGGCCGGGGUCCGCGAACUCUCAAACCCCUGGAAACAGAAGAGGAGGAUUUUGACGGGGAAGAGGAUACAACCUACGACUCUCCCUUUCGCAAGAAAGCAGUCAGAGACCCUACACCGCAUCAAUGGGCUGCACACCAAGCUACAUUGAAGAAAGAGUUUCCCGAGGGCUGGGCACCUCCACGCAAAUUGUCUAGAGAUGCCAUGGACGGUUUACGGUCUCUUCAUGCGGCGAAUCCGGAACUACUAACAACACCGGUUUUGGCGGAGAAAUUCAGGAUUAGCCCGGAGGCGGUUAGGAGGAUUUUGAAGAGCAAGUGGGAGCCGUCGAAGGAUAAGAGAGCGAGGUUGUUGGAGAAGGAAAGGAAGUCGAGGGAAGAAUGGAUUGCGCAGAGAAGAGAAGAAGAGUGGCAGAAGCAGAAAGAGUUGGAGGAGCAGUAUAGGAGGCAGAAACAGUACUUCGGAGUGAACAGGGAUGACAAGCUCUCGUUCACUUGAGCCUUUUUUCGUAUCCUCUAGGCUCCCUAUUAUCGGAACAGUCGAAGAUUUAUCCGAAGCUGGAGGAUGGUAUAAUAUACUCUGCAUUAGUCGACGGACUUAUGUUACAGUGUAUGGCAGUAUGCGAAGAGGAAUAUAGACUACUGAUACAU